GUGGGGUUGCUGUCGCUUACUGUCGGAUAAUACGCGACUUUGAAAAGAAAAUCGCGAAUUAUUACUUACUUUCGGCCGAAAUUUUAUCGUGUAUCGAAUCCGUAGCACUGAGGUGAUGCUAUGAAUUAUUAUUCUGUGCCAUUUUGUUCUUGUGAUGAGGGGAAAAUCAGAUUUUUAAUUGAGUGAAUCAUGUGAAGUUUUUUUAAGUGUGUCUUCUUCGGCGAAGAUGAUGGUCACUAAGGGACUUUUAAUUUUGCUCUUUCUGUUUCAAAAAAUAUACAACAACAUCGGAUUGAAAUUUAUAAGAUUAAAUGUGCCAAGAGCUGUCAGAACUGGACAUUCGGUGACUCUGGGAUGCGAAUACGAUUUGGAAAAUGCUCCACUUUAUUCGGUUAAGUGGUAUCGUGAAAGCGACGAGUUUUAUAGAUACGUACCUAAAGAAGAACCGCCAACCAGAGUCUUCACACAACAAGGCCUUCAUGUCGACGUUUCGGUGUCGAAUGCCCACAACGUCACCUUGCUUUCAGUAGGCAGGGACAUAUCUGGCCAGUUCCAAUGCGAAGUGUCAGCGGACGCGCCAUUGUUUCACACCGAAUUGAAGUCGGCUCAGAUGACUGUUGCAGUCGUUCCUGUGGGAGUCCCGCUGGUGACAGUGGAUAAAAGUGGAUUAGAGCACGGCAGGCCCCUCAUUGCCACUUGCCACGCUCCACCGUCGCAUCCGGCUGCGAAUAUCACGUUUUUCGUUAACGACGAGAAGGUUCCUGGCUACACUUCAGAAUGGACAACGGCCACAGAAGACCAAUUAGAACAAAAAACUGCCCAGCUGGAACUCACGGGAGUCGGAGGUAGUUGGGGAGCCCUAAGGAUACGUUGCGAGGCCAGCCUUUUUAGGUUAUACAGGGCCAACAGCGUGGCUAUCGAGGUUAAGCCGGAUACUCCUCAACCGGCAUCUGUAUUGCUCAUGGGACCAAGUUCAAAUGGUGUCAGAAUUAACGGAUAUUUUCAGCAAUGGUUUACUGUACAGCUUGCGAUGAUUAUUUCGGCAUGUAUGGUAUCAAUAACGUGAUAAAGUGAAGUGAAAAUUAGGUAAAAAAAUGCAUAAAAGACUUGAAUUGAUUUAAUCUAAUUGAAACUGAACCUAGUCUUUAGUAUUUUAUUAUUCAAUCUAAAUAUAUGGAAAAUA